AUGUCGACUCGGCUACUGCGGCGUCUCGGCAGAGGUGUUUUUGUUUUCCGAUCGCCGGUGCCGAGCAGACGCUUGCCUUUCCGCGCUGGUACUAUCCAACGGCAGGUCGCCUUUCACCACUUGCCUGUUAUGUACCGAGGGCCUCUACCUAUUGGGGCUAUCCAAGAGGAGUGCUGGGACGAGGAGACGGAAUGUCGCUUCCUCUACAUUGGGGCAGACCCGGAGCAAGUCCACCCAGCUAUCUGGCAGGGUAUUCUACAAGGAGAUCUUGAGAAACUAAGAAAUACUAUCGCUGCUAUCCCAGAAGACGAGAGGGAGAUGACGCUCUGGCUUCAUCUCGCUAUUGAAGCCGGAAAUGAAGCCGCUGCUGCGCUUUUUAUGAGCGCUGGAGCGGAUAUGGCGCAGAUGUAUGGCUAUCAUGGCGGAGGACGGGCUGCGGCUCCGUACCGCGCUAUCCACAAGCACAUGAUGGAGCUGGUCAGGAGGAUGUGGGAGGUUACAGAGGAUGUCCCUGAUCCAAGACCCGGUAACGGUGGAAUUCGUCGCAACUGGUGGCUCGCCGUCGCUGCUGAGUGUGGACACGCCGACAUGGUCGAGGACAUGCUGGGAUGGAGUACCGACUGGGACUACGAUUGCGCUCUGUCGUAG